AACCUGUUUGCCACCAGCCAUACAUUAUAUCCCACCAGUUACAACUAUGGAACUUGCGAAAGAAGAAGCUGAACUUGUUAUUUUCUCAUGCAUGGAUUCCCUUUUGCAGAAGACAGGAAUUAAGCCAAAAGAUAUAGAUAUACUGGUUGUAAAUUGCAGCCUCUUUUCUCCAACUCCAUCUUUAUCAGCCAUGGUAAUUAACAAAUACAAAAUGAGAAGCAACAUUAAGAGCUUUAACCUAUCAGGAAUGGGAUGUAGUGCAGGUUUAAUAUCUGUAGAUUUAGCCAAGGAUCUUCUUCAAGUUCAUCCCAACUCAAAUGCUGUGGUUAUAAGCACUGAAAUUCUCACACCAAAUUCCUAUCUUGGAAAAGAAAGGGCUAUGCUUCUGCCCAACUGCUUGUUCAGAAUGGGUGGAGCCGCCCUUCUUUUAUCAAACAAGUGGUCCGUAAGUUCACGAUCCAAAUAUCGUUUAGUCCAUGUGGUGAGAACCCACAAGGGUGCAGACGACAAAGCUUACAAAUGUGUCUCUCAGGAAGAAGAUCCUGAAGGUCACGUGGGAAUAAAUUUGUCAAUAGAUCUCAUGGCAAUAGCUGGGGAGGCCUUAAAGUCUAAUAUCACUACAAUUGGCCCUCUUGUUCUUCCUGCAUCAGAGCAACUUCUCUUUCUUUUGGCUCUAAUUGGUAAAAAAGUUUUCAACUUAAAGUUGAAGCCAUAUAUUCCAGACUUCAAGCAGGCCUUUGAGCAUUUCUGUAUCCAUGCCGGGGGACGAGCGGUCAUUGAUGAGCUGCAGAAGAACCUCAAUCUCUCAGCCGAGCACGUGGAGGCCUCAAGAAUGACGCUGUAUAGGUUUGGGAAUACUUCUUCUUCCUCAUUGUGGUAUGAAUUGAGCUAUAUUGAGGCCAAAGGAAGAAUGAAAAAGGGCGAUCGAAUCUGGCAGAUUGCAUUCGGAAGUGGAUUCAAGUGUAACAGUGCAGUUUGGAAGUGCAAUCGAACCAUAAAUGGUCCACCAGAAGGACCCUGGGCCGAUUGCAUUCACAAGUACCCAGUGCAUAUUCCAGAGGUGGUAAAGCUCUAGGAAAGAAGAUGAUAUUAUUCUAUUUUAGGAAUUAUUUAGCUCCUUAUCUUAUUGGUCAUGAUGAUUUGGAGCAAGAAAGGUGUGUAUGAAGAUUAACAAAAACAAAGUUCAAUGAAUAGCAUGACUAGAACAUAUCAAGUCUGGUUCUGAAGCCUUUCAUUGUAUUCUAUAUCUCCUAUAAUUCUAUUUAUGAUGGAGUAUCUUUGUCUGUAUUAUGUUCUAUUUCUGCCAUUAAUAAAAAUGUUAUCUAAAGUGGUUUA